AUGAGCAUUAGGGUAUUCCUAUCCGUGGUCGCCUUAGUGUCACUUGCACUUCAUCUUGGGCUAGGGAUCGUCCUCCAGAAGGCUGAUAAGCUUCGGAACCAGGGGAUUAUCACAGUUCAGAAGAAGUUCUACAACCCAGCUAAUCCUGGCAUUGAGGACUUCAAGCUCGGACAAGUUGCGAACUUCAGCCUUGGAUUCCAAGGAGCAUGUCUCGGAUUCCGAGAGGGCACAGUCAACUGUUCCUCCUUGCACGACGCGCUCGACACUGCGAGGAAUCUUGUGGACGGGCCCGACCUCGGACCUUUGGCAGAAGCGAUCAACGUGAUGAAGGAUCUCAUUUUCGACGACUUAGUUAUUAGCGAUCUUUUCCUUGCGAGUUCUACAGCGAUUUUGUACGUUAUCAUACUCUGGAUGCGCCGGGUUCUGGGCUUUUGGGCAAAGGUUCUGCUGUUCUUAGGCAUGUGUGUCCCUCUAUUCGUUGCCAUUUUCAUGGUUACAACCAUCGGUAUGAUGAAGACUGCACUGAGCGGCUGGGGCCUCGAUGUCCAGUCUGGUGACAGUGCCCUCUGCAGCGGCCUGUUCCUCGGCACUACGAUAGUCUUUAACAUGCUGGGGGCUGGAUUGUUCUUUUAG